AUGUCGGAAACAGUCACCACUAUUGACAUCCAGGGCAAGCUGCCCAAGGUAGCGUCGGGCAAAGUCCGUGAUCUGUUCGCAGUCGACGAUGACACACUGCUGUUCGUCGCGAGCGACCGAAUAUCGGCGUACGAUGUGAUUAUGGAAAACGGCAUUCCAGGAAAAGGUGCUCUUCUCACAGCCAUGAGCAUCUACUGGUUCAAUUACCUCCCUCAGCACGUCUCCGGCCUCAAAACGCACUACAUCAGCAACCAACUCCCCCCUGCCAUCGCCUCUCUCACCAGCUUCCAGGACCGCAGCAUGCAAGUCCGACGUCUGCGCAUCAUCCCCAUCGAGUCCAUUGUGCGCGGCUACAUCACCGGCUCUGGCUGGUCCGAGUACAAAAGAUCCGGCACGGUGAAUGGCAUCCGGCUCCCAGCGGGGCUCAUCGAAGGCCAGAAGCUCCCUUCGGCGCUGUGGACGCCCAGCACAAAAGCCGAACUCGGCGACAAGGACGAGAACAUUUCGCCCGAGAAGGCGCGCGAGAUCAUCGCGAACCCCAAGAUUGCUGCCCGUGUCGAGGAGUUGAGUCUGCAGAUCUACGAGGCUGCGGCGAAGCGCGCCGAGUCUGUCGGUAUUGUGCUCGCGGACACCAAGUUCGAGUUUGGCCUCGACGAGAACGAUGAUGUCGUGCUGGUCGAUGAGGUGCUCACGCCGGACAGCAGUCGCUUCUGGCCCAAGGAGACGUGGGAGCAGAACCUGGGCAGAGCGCAGCCGAGCUUCGACAAGCAAUUCCUGCGCGACUGGUUGACGUCGAACGGGCUGAAGGGCAAGGAUGGCGUCAAGGUGCCGGAGGAUGUCGUGAAGCAAACAGCGGCAAAGUACAGGGAGGCUUAUGAGAAGAUCACAGGGAAGACUGCCUGA